GUGUUUGUCGUCGCCCUUAGUUUUGCUUCUUUCGCUUUGUCCCGGGACGCGCAGCCGGCCGCCCUCUCCCCCGCGGCAGCCAGCGCGCAGCCCGGCUCCGUCCCUUCCCCGCUGCCCAGCGAGGGGACGGCGGCGAUGAACCUCAACUUCACCUCGCCCGUGCACCCCGUCUCCGCGCCCCGGCCCACCUCCUUCUUCAUCGAGGACAUCCUGCUGCACAAGCCCAAACCCUUGCGGGAGGUGCCCCCCGAGCACUUCCCCGGCUCCUUGGCCUCCCGCGUCCCCCUCUUGGACUAUGGCUACCCCCUGAUGCCCACCCCGACCCUGCUGGCGCCUCACGCGCACCCUGCCCUGCACAAGCCGGAGCAUCACCACCACCACCCCUAUUUCCUCACCGCCUCGGGAGUGCCGGUGCCGGCCCUGUUCCAGCCCCACGCCGCCCCCGAGCUGCCCGGGAAGCACUGCCGCCGCCGCAAAGCCCGCACCGUCUUCUCCGACUCGCAGCUCUCCGGCCUGGAGAAGCGCUUCGAGAUCCAGCGCUACCUCUCCACGCCCGAGCGGGUGGAGCUGGCCACGGCUCUCAGCCUCUCCGAGACCCAGGUGAAAACCUGGUUCCAGAACCGGCGGAUGAAGCACAAAAAGCAGCUGCGGAAAACCCAAGACGACCCCAAAGGGGCUGGGGGCGAGGAGAGCCGGGGGCAGAGCUCCCCCGAGCCCGAGCUGCCCGAGGGGGCCGCCGCCGAGCCCCGCAAGGGCCCCCCCGGCCCCUUCCUGCUGCAGGACCCCGAGGACGAGGUGGACAUCCUGGAGGACGGGGACCUCCUGGCCGCCCCCCACCGCCUCUAG